ACAAGGGUUUGACCUUAAAACUUCUGCUCUCUCUCUCUCUCUCUCUCUCUACAAUCCCCCUCCCUCCUUUGCUUCCCACUCAGCUCAGCUCAGCUCAGCUCCACCAGUUUGAGACAAAAAGCCUCGUAUUUAGCGUAUCAAAACGGCUCCUUCUUGUAUCGGUAACCCUGGCUGUAAGCUGGGACGAGCUGUCUCAGAGGCCAUGGCUAUGGGUCUUCCUUCUCAAACCUGUCCUUGCAAGUCUAAACCCUCUCGCCCUCCUCUUUUCUGGCAAUCUACUUCAAGACCUCGCUCUUCUGCCAUGCCUCGUCACUCUUCUCGCUCCUUUUGGGCUUCCUCCAGAAAAGCCCUUCGCAGGGAAGGCAAAUGCAGACUCCACAGUGGCAAUGGUUCAUUUUCUAAUGUGAUUGGUUUUAGUAGUUUCCCUCAUGUUAAACGAAAUUCAAGUUGUAAUAUCAUGUCAUUUAGUGAAAACUGCAGACAUUAUUAUAGGACAGACAACACUUGGAAGCUUGAAGUUCGUAUGGAGGCAAGGAAUCCUUGCACUUCAUUUGCUCGUAUGGUUCCUCAUCUCCCAUCUCAGAUUAAUUAUCAAGGAAAGCUCAUCUCUGGUAGCCCACGAUUUAUGGAGGUGGAAAAGAAACAAAUUCAAAAAGAUUUUCGAAUAGACAGUGCUUCAAAUUUUGCUGAAAUGGCCUGGAAAAGAGAAAAAGAUGAACUAAGGAACAGUAAAGUAGCAGCUUCUGGGAAUAGCCAGAGUAGUUUCAUGAGUUAUAGCAUUCCAUGUGCAGAAACUGCUGCAAAUAGUGUGCAAUAUGAUCUCACAGAUGAGCAAGAUAGCAGUGUAUAUGCAGAUUCAAAAUGUUGUACAGAUUCUUUUAACAAUACCAGCAAAGAAAGAAUUUUAGGAAGCCCAUUUGGCCAAUGUUACAUGGAUAUGCAAACACAUACACUGGACCGUGAAUAUUUUGUGAAGAACAAAGGAAACCCAAGCUUGGAACCUGUCUUGAUUAAAAUUGAUCCUGUUUCAUGUCCUCCAACUUCAAACAGCAAUGCUACCAAAACAUCCCUGGAACAGCAUUCAAAGAACACUGGUCAAUCUAACAGCAUCGAGCCUAAUGGGUCAUUGUCAGGGAAACUCUCAAGGGAAAUGGAGGAAAUAAGUUCCAAGCCAUUUAAUGACUGCUCCACUGGAGAAUUACAACGUUUUCACCAGUUCCAUCUUCGUCAGAGGCUUGCUCGCGUUUAUGACAAGGUUCUUCUCAUUGAUAAUAUCAACAUGGCAAGGGAAACUGUCAAGAUGCUUACAAACCAAUACAGGCAUUGUGUUUAUGCAUGUGAUACAGAGGUGUCCAAGAUUGAUGUGAAGCAGGAAACACCUGUUGAUCAUGGAGAAAUAAUAUGCUUCAGUAUUUAUUCCGGACCAGAUGCAAAUUUUUGUAAUGGCAAGUCUUGUAUCUGGGUUGAUGUUCUUGCUGGGGGUGGCAAGAGUAUUUUGGCUGAAUUUGCUCCAUUUUUUGAAGACCCAUCCAUUAAAAAGGUUUGGCACAACUAUAGCUUUGAUAAUCAUGUUCUAGAGAACUAUGGGUUCAAAGUUUCUGGUUUUCAUGCUGAUACAAUGCACAUGGCUCGAUUGUGGGAUUCUUCAAGACGAACAGAGGGUGGGUAUUCUCUAGAAGCACUUACAGGUGAUCCAAAGGUGUGCCGUGAUGCAACCUUGAUUGGUAAAGUAUCAAUGAAAACCAUUUUUGGCAGGGGAAAGUUGAAGAAAGAUGGAUCUGAGGGAAAAAUUAUCAACAUUCCGCCUGUUGAAGACCUUCAAAGAGAGGAGCGAAAAUUAUGGAUUAGUUAUUCUGCCUUAGAUUCAAUAAGCACACUAAAACUCUAUGAGAGCUUGAAAAGUAAACUAUCAGUGAUGGAAUGGAAAAUUGAUGGACAUACUGAAGGAACAAUGCUUGAGUUUUAUGAGAAAUACUGGCAACCUUUUGGUGAGCUUCUUGUGAAAAUGGAAACUGAAGGGAUGCUGGUUGAUCGAGACUAUCUUGCUGAGAUAGAGAAAGUAGCUAGAGCGGAGCAGCAGGUUGCUGCUACUAGAUUUCGUAACUGGGCAUCGAAGUAUUGCCCUGAUGCUAAAUUCAUGAAUGUGGGAAGUGAUGCACAGUUGCGCCAGCUCUUUUUUGGUGGAACUGUAAACAGAAAGGACCCUAACGAGAGCCUUCCAAAGGAGAGAGAAUUUAAAGUUCCUAAUUUUGAGAAAGUGAUUGAAGAGGGCAAGAAGAUUCCCUCAAAAUUUCGCAAAAUUAAACUGCAUAAGCUUGGUGAUGAGAUACAAACUGACAUGUACACUGCGACCGGCUGGCCCUCCAUUACUGUAGAUGCUUUGAAGACACUUGCUGGGAAGGCUUCUGCCGAAUUUGAUUCUGCAGAUGAAGCUGAUCAGUUGGAGUCAGAUGACAGUAUUGAAAAUUUGCCUGGAGCAGAGGCAUCAGAGAUGAAGGGAAGAGCCAGUGACGGCAGAGAAUCUGCUUAUGGAACGGCUUAUGCUGCCUUUGGAGAGGGGCAGGAGGGGAAGGAGGCGUGCCAUGCCAUUGCUGCUUUAUGUGAAGUUUGCUCUAUAGACUCUUUGAUAUCCAACUUCAUACUCCCCUUGCAGGGCAGUCAUAUAUCAGGCAAGGAUGGGCGUAUCCAUUGUUCGCUAAAUAUAAACACGGAAACUGGGCGCUUAUCAGCAAGGAGGCCUAAUUUGCAGAAUCAGCCUGCUCUAGAGAAAGAUCGCUAUAAAAUCCGCCAGGCAUUUAUUGCUGCGCCAGGAAACUCUCUUGUUGUUGCUGAUUACGGGCAGCUGGAACUUAGGAUCCUUGCACAUCUUGCCAACUGUAAGAGUAUGUUGAAUGCCUUCAAAGCUGGUGGAGACUUCCAUUCAAGGACUGCAAUGAAUAUGUAUCCACACAUUCGUGAAGCUGUUGAACAAAAACACGUGCUUCUUGAGUGGCAUCCUCGACCUGGUGAGGAUAAGCCUCCAGUUCCUCUUUUGAAGGAUGCUUUUGCUUCUGAAAGAAGGAAAGCAAAGAUGCUCAACUUUUCCAUUGCAUAUGGAAAGACUCCAGUGGGGAUUGCCCGUGAUUGGAAGGUUUCUGUGAAAGAAGCAAGAGAAACAGUUGAUCUUUGGUACAGUCAGAGACAAGAAGUGGCGGUUUGGCAGAAGAGCGUAAGAGGAGCAAUGGAGGACAGAUGUGUUCACACAUUGCUAGGACGGGCCCGCUGUUUCCCUUCAAUGGAUAAUGUUACUCCCUAUCAAAAAGGGCACAUUGAACGAGCUGCUAUCAACACACCUGUACAGGGUAGUGCUGCUGAUGUUGCCAUGUGUGCAAUGUUAGAAAUAUCAGAAAAUGCACGUUUGAAGGAGCUUGGAUGGAGGCUGCUUUUACAGGUUCAUGAUGAAGUAAUCCUUGAAGGACCAACAGAGUCGGCUGAGGAUGCCAAGGCCAUAGUUGUUGAUUGCAUGUCCAAACCCUUCAAUGGCAAGAAUAUUCUUAACGUUGACCUCUCUGUUGAUGCCAAAUGUGCUCAAAACUGGUAUUCUGCCAAGUAAAUAAUCGGUAUGAUUGCCAGAACAGAGGUUCUGUACCACAACCCCCUUGUGGCUAGAAGUUGGGUGUCCCACGAGAGGGCCAGUGUUUCAAAGUUUCUUUGCCCCUGGACGAUGGAGUUGAGCACCCCCACUGUUUGUUUGCCUAUGCCGGUGCAAUGACUGCAUCCAACUCAUUGGAGUUGUUUCCAUGAGAGAUGGUUCUUAUAUUUCAUGCUGACUUGGAAUUUUCCAAUUAAGUCCUCUGACAAGUGUUGCAUGUUGUGAUUCGGAUGGGAAUUGGGUAAGUAGUGGGGUGGUUGCUUCUUUGGUGUCAAUUU